AUGAUCAGUGUAACUUGGAACAUCUUCCUAAUUUGGACUAAGAUAGGGCUGUUGCUUAAAAUGGCACCUCAUUCUGUCAGUGCCAAAUCAUGCCCAUCGGUGUGUCGCUGUGAUGCAGGUUUCAUUUAUUGUAAUGAUCGUGAAUUGACAUCAAUUCCUACAGGAAUUCCACAGGAUGCUACCACCCUCUACCUUCAGAACAAUCAAAUAAAUAAUGCUGGGAUUCCUUCAGACCUGAAAAACUUGCUUAAGGUAGAGAGAAUAUACUUGUAUCACAACAGUUUAGAUGAAUUCCCUACCAAUCUCCCUAAGUAUGUUAAAGAACUGCAUUUGCAGGAAAAUAAUAUAAGAACCAUUGCUUAUGAUUCACUUUCACAAAUUCCUUAUCUGGAAGAAUUGCAUUUGGAUGAUAAUUCAGUUUCUGCUGUUAGUAUUGAAGAUGGAGCUUUCCAGGACAACAUCUAUCUCAGACUACUUUUUCUCUCUCGAAAUCACCUUAGCACCAUUCCCUGGGGUUUGCCUAAAACGAUAGAAGAGCUACGCUUGGAUGAUAAUCGUAUUUCCACAAUUUCAGAGGUGUCCCUUCAAGAUCUUACAAAUCUAAAACGUCUGGUUUUAGAUGGAAAUCUUUUAAACAAUCACGGAUUAGGAGACAAAGUCUUCAUAAAUCUAGUCAAUCUAACAGAACUGUCAUUGAUCCGCAAUUCCCUUACAGCUGCUCCCAUAAAUUUGCCAGGCACAAACCUAAGAAAGCUUUAUCUUCAAGAAAAUCAUAUAAAUCGUGUACCACCUAAUGCUUUCUCUGACCUAAGGCAGUUGUAUCGACUAGAUAUGUCCAAUAACAAUCUAAGCAAUUUACCUCAGAGUAUCUUUGAUGACCUGGACAACAUAACUCAAUUGUUUCUUCGUAACAACCCAUGGUACUGUGGAUGCAAAAUGAAAUGGGUCCGUGACUGGCUUCAAUCAUUGCCUUUAAAGGUUAAUGUACGUGGACUGAUGUGUCAAGCACCAGAGAAAGUGCGUGGAAUGGCUAUCAAGGACCUCAGCACAGAGCUAUUUGACUGUAAGGAUGAUAAUACUGUAAGCACCAUCCAAAUUACUACUGCAAUACCAAACACAUUAUACCCUGCCCAAGGGCACUGGCCAGUUUCUGUGACCAAACAGUCAGACAUAAAGACUCCCAAUCUAAAUAGAAACUACAGAACCACAGCAAGUCCAGUACGGAAAAUCAUUACAAUCAUUGUGAAAUCUGUAAGCACCGAGAGCAUUCAUAUUUCUUGGAAAGUUGCACUACCAAUGACUGCUUUAAGACUGAGCUGGCUAAAAAUGGGUCACAGCCCUGCCUUUGGAUCUAUAACUGAAACAAUAGUUACAGGAGAUAGGAGUGACUACCUACUUACAGCCCUUGAGCCAGAGUCACCAUACCGUGUAUGUAUGGUUCCCAUGGAAACCAGCAACAUCUAUCUGUCUGAUGAAACCCCUGUUUGUAUAGAGACUGAAACAGCACCUCUUAAGAUGUACAAUCCUACAACAACCCUAAACCGAGAGCAAGAGAAAGAACCUUACAAAAAUUCUAAUUUACCUUUGGCUGCCAUCAUAGGUGGUGUGGUGGCACUAGUAGCUAUAGCACUGCUUGCGUUAGUGUGCUGGUAUGUCCACAGAAAUGGAUCCUUGUUUUCAAGGAACUGUGCAUACAGCAAAGGACGGAGGAGAAAAGAUGAUUAUGCUGAAGCUGGAACUAAGAAGGACAACUCCAUCCUAGAAAUCAGGGAGACUUCUUUUCAGAUGAUACCAAUAAAUAAUGACCAAGUGUCCAAGGAGGAGUUUGUAAUACAUACCAUAUUCCCACCUAAUGGAAUCAAUCUGUAUAAAAACAACCACAGUGAAAGCAGCAGUAACAGAAGCUACAGAGACAGUGGUAUACCAGAUUCAGAUCAUUCACAUUCAUGA